AUGUCCUCAGCAACCGUCCCUGGGACAGUAUCAGACGAAUCAGUCCACACCAAAUUCCAAGAAGCUGGUCUCCCCAAUACCCCUGAAGCAUGGCUCGCCCGAGCCCAACAAGUCUCCGACAUUCUCUCACUGGACGCAGCGAAGCGCGAUUUUGAAGGCAAAACUCCGACUGCCGAAGUCCAACUGCUCAAAUCGUCCGGACUGACCAAGCUGCUGGGUCCCCGCGAAUAUAGAGGCGGCGGUCAAGACUGGUCGAUCGCCUACAAGGCGAUACGCAUCGUAGCCCGCGGCGACGGCUCGAUUGGGAUGCUGUUAGCAUACCACCUGGUCUGGUUCUACACCGUGAAGAUUGUCGGCACCCAGGAACAGGCGCAGCGGAUCCAGAAACAUGUUCUGGAAAAGAACUGGUUUCUAGGUGGUGCAGUGAAUCCGCGUAGUGCGGAUCUCAAAGUCGUCGAGGACGGUCAUGGCAACCUUGUGUUCAGUGGAUUCAAGUUUUUCAAUACCGGGGGUGUCGUUUCUGACGCCACCAUUCUAGAAGGUGUGCUCCAAGGAAGGGAAACGGACAACCACAUCUUUACUAUCGUGCCGACUCGGCAGCCCGGCAUCCAAUUUAGCCACGACUGGGACAACAUCGGCAUGCGGCUGAGCGAGUCCGGGAGCGUCAAGAUCGACAAGGUUCAAGUUCCCUGGACAGACGCUUUCGGCUGGGACAGCCAGACGAAACAGCCCAUCGCAGAGAUCCUCAAAGUCCCAUUCGCUUCGUCGUUGCUGCCUACCAUCCAACUGGUCUUUUCCAACUUCUACCUCGGUAUCGCUCUAGGGGCGCUCGAUGAGGCCAAGAAGUGGACGACUACCAAGACCCGUGCGUGGCCGUAUGGCGGCGAGAACAAGGAAAAGGCGACAGACGAACAUUACAUUCUGGCCAAGUAUGGACAGUUCCAUGCCGAGUUGAGGGCCGCCGAGGCGUUGGCCGAUCGAGCCGGAGAGCAGAUUCGCGACCUGUUUGCUGACCACGGCGAGAAAAGAGAUGUCAGUGCGCGUAGGAGGGGUGAGGUUGCCGAAUGGGUGGCCAGUGUUAAGGUCGUGACGACGCAUACGGGGCUGCGUGUCGCGAAUGGCGUUUUUGAAGUCACUGGAGCGAGCUCGACGAGCAGGAAAGUCGGCUUGGAUCGGUUCUGGAGAGAUCUGAGAGUUCAUACCCUGCAUGACCCGGUCGCGUAUAAGGAGCGAGAGCUUGGGAGGUUCUUUUUGUUGGAUGAGGUGCCGGAACCGACGUGGUACACUUAG